GUUCACCUUCGAUCUGCGAUGUUUUCGUAAUAAGUUGUCAAAAUCUGCUACAUAACUCAUUCUGGGUCUGCGGUGGUAAAAAAAAACCAUGGCGCACAGGUACAUCAACCUAGCCCGAAAGAGUGAGAGACUUCUGCAGAAAGCGGUUAGAUCACAGUGUGCCUGUUCAGAGAUUCAGCGAGGUAUUCAUUUCCUUUCGCGUUUUGCUCAGUCAGAGAGGUUUACCCCGCUGUGGAGAGAUCUGGCAGUGUUGAGGCAAAAUGUACCCAAAGGAUUUGAGAAGUUUUUCCCAGGUCAGGCAAAGAAAGCACCACCAAAGUCUGGCGGCUCAAAAUCACCUCCAAAAGAAGCUCCGAAAGACCCCCCUCCUCCUUCAAAGUCUGCCAGUGAACAGAAACCCUUUGAUAAAAAAUUUGAACUCACCUUUAACUUUGGAAAAAAUCGAACUUCAUUUGGUGAUCCGGGAGAUCCAAACAGCAAACUUUUAAUUGGUGUGCUGACAGGCAUUGGUAUAGUAGGACUGAUCGGGCUUUACCAAACACAAUAUCGAGAAAUCACAUGGAAGGAAUUUGUCUCCAAUUAUCUCACCAAAGGCAUUGUGGAUAAACUUGAGGUGGUCAAUAAGAAGUGGGUGCGAAUCCACCUUGUGACAGGAACCCAGAUAGAUGGCUCAAGUGUUAUAUGGUUUAACAUUGGAAGUGUGGAGGCAUUUGAAAGGAACCUGGAGAAUGCCCAGCUGGAGAUGAAUAUAGAACCGUCCAACUUUAUUAAUGUGGUCUAUAAAACUGAGACAGAACUCGCUGCUGUGGCAUUCUCAGCCCUGAACAUUAUCCUGCCCAUAGCAAUCUUAAUAUGGCUGAUUCGACGAUCCACGAACAUGUUUCAGGGAGGUCGGCCUGGAGCAGGCAGAGGGGGAGGAGGAAUCUUCGGGUUCGGCCAGACCACAGCUAAAGUCAUGAAAGAUGACAUUGGUGUCAAAUUCAGAGACGUGGCUGGGUGUGAAGAGGCUAAGAUAGAAAUCAUGGAGUUUGUGAACUUCCUGAAAAACCCUAACCAGUACAUAGAGCUGGGUGCCAAGAUACCUAAGGGAGCCAUCCUGACUGGUCCCCCUGGUACUGGAAAGACCUUACUGGCCAAAGCCACAGCUGGAGAGGCUAAUGUACCCUUCAUCACAGUGUCAGGGUCGGAGUUUCUGGAAAUGUUUGUGGGAGUUGGCCCCUCCAGGGUAAGAGACAUGUUUGCUCUGGCCAGGAAGAACGCCCCCUGUAUACUGUUUGUUGAUGAGAUAGACGCUGUGGGCAGGAAGAGGGGAGGCAAGAGUUUUGGAGGUCACAGUGAACAGGAGAACACGCUGAACCAGUUGCUGGUAGAAAUGGAUGGGUUUAACACACAAAGUGGUGUUGUGAUUUUAGCAGCCACAAACAGAGUUGACAUUUUAGACCCUGCCUUACUAAGACCUGGACGUUUUGACAGGCAGAUUUAUGUCCCCGCACCAGAUAUCAAGGGAAGGGCUUCCAUAUUUAAGGUACAUUUAAAAGCAAUAAAGACUGACAUGGAUAAAGAUGAAGUGUCCAGGAAAAUGGCUGCCCUUACGCCAGGCUUCUCAGGUGCUGAUAUUGCUAAUGUGUGCAAUGAGGCUGCCCUGAUAGCUGCUAGAGAUCUGAACAAGUCUGUAGAGUGGAAGCACUUUGAGCAGGCCACAGAACGAGUUAUAGCAGGGUUGGAGAAAAAGACUCAGGUGUUACAGCCUGAGGAGAAGAAAACUGUGGCUUACCACGAGGCGGGACAUGCCGUGUCAGGCUGGUACCUGGAGCAUGCUGAUCCACUGCUUAAGGUUUCCAUCAUUCCAAGAGGUAAAGGGCUAGGUUAUGCUCAGUAUCUCCCUAAGGAACAGUUCCUGUAUACCAAAGAACAGCUGUUAGACCGAAUGUGCAUGACCCUUGGUGGGAGAGUGUCAGAGCAGAUCUUCUUCAGUCGGAUCACAACAGGUGCUCAGGAUGACCUGAAGAAGGUCACACAAAAUGCUUAUGCACAGGUGGUACACUUUGGUAUGAAUGAGAAGGUGGGACAGCUGUCAUUUGACAUGCCUCAGCCGGGGGAGAUGGUAUUUGAUAAGCCAUACAGCGAGGAGACAGCUCGCAUGAUAGACGAGGAGGUGCGCAUGAUUGUGCAGAGGGCAUACGACCGCACCAUGGAGCUGCUCACCAAACACAAGGAGGAUGUGGAGAAGGUGGCGCUGAGACUAUUAGAGAGGGAGAAAUUAGACAAAGAGGACUUGGUGGAGAUGUUAGGACCACGCCCAUUUGCUGAGAAAUCAACAUAUGAAGAGUUUGUGGAAGGAACAGGGUCAGUGGAAGAAGACACAACUUUACCUAAAGGCUUGGAGAGUUGGAACAAAGAAAAAGAGCCGGAGACCCCACCACCCCCAACAGAAGGGCAGAAAGUGCCUCUUGAUCUAUCUGUAGCUUUAGUUUAUACCACAACUGGGUUCAUAUUCCUGGAGUCCCCUGACUUGUACUGGCAUUACACAGGAAGUCCAUUAGAUUGAUACAAAAU